AUGGUCAAUGCGGCGACGACUUUCAAGAAUUUCCAAUUCGACUUCGACCUGGGGGUGUCAUCUGGAUCGGGCAUUGGAGGGGGCGGAGGUCGGUUGGGAGCGGCAACCGGCAGUCUCAAGGACCAGAAGCUCGGCGGAGGCUUGCAUCUCACCUGUUCCGCUCACCCCGAUUCUCCUGCUCUCCGCCCCCCUCCGCGCUCCUCCCACCCCCUCCGCCCCCCUCCGCCUCCCGCCCGCCUCCCCCCGCCACCUCUGCCCCCUUCCGCCCCCCUCCGCACCCUCCGCCCAAUCUUUCCCCCUUCCGCUCAGGGUGGCGGAGGGCGACCGGGCACGGGGGGCGGGUACGCGCAGGGCGCCACCUCGUGGUCCACAGGCGGAGGCGGAGGGGGAGCAGCGCGCGCGCCCCCUGCCAGCUCCUAUGCACAAAGCGCCCCAGGCGCGCAGGCGCAGGGGCAGUCGCAGAGGCAAGGGGGAAGCGGAGGGGGGCCUAGCUGGGUGCCUCUGGGGCAGUCCGGGAUAAGCAGCGGGGGGAGCGGGGGGAGCGGAUAUGGGGGGAUGGGAAUGGGAAUGGGGGGAAUGAAUGCCAAGCCUCUAAACUCCUCCCUGUCCUCAUCUGGUGCGUCAGCGUCAGCAGCUGCAGCUGCCAGCAAGGCGGAUGACGUGUUCGCGAGCCUGUGGAGCAGCGCCACUGCCUCCGCGCGGCCCGGGGCGUCGUCCACGUCAUCGUCCACGUCAGCGUAUGGCGCGUCUAGGGACAGCGCGGGAGGGGCGUCUGGGGGAGGUAGAUUCGGCGAAGGUGCUGCUGGCGCGGUUGGGGCGGCUGGUGGGGGAAGCGGAGGCGGGUGGGGAGGGGGAGGGGGAGGGGGAGGGGGAGGCGGAGGGGGAGGGGGAGGGGGAGGGUUUGAUCCGUUUGGUAUGGGCGAUCUACGAAGCUCCGUUCCCAAAGCAGGUGCCUCAGGAGCAGGUUCGGCAGGGGGGGGAUUCGGAAUGGGUGGUGGUGGUGGGAUUGGUAGUGGUGGUGGUGGCAGCGGUGGUGGUGGGAUUGGCAGUGGUGGCGGUGGAGGAUUAGGUGGUGGGAUUGGCAGUGGUGGUGGGAUUGGUAAUGGUGGCGGUGGAGGAUUAGGUGGUGGGAUAGGCGGUCAGCCCAUGAGGGGCGGUGUGGGAGGUCCUUCACUGCGUGCCUCUGCCCCAUCUGCUGCCUCUGCCGUUUCUGCCGAUCCUUUUGCUGCUUCCUGGCCCGACCCUUUCGCCACUGCCACCAGCAGCAGCGGCAGCGGUGGUGCAGACCCGUUUGCAAACUUCUCUGCUUCGUUCCCCGCCCCACGCGCCGCUGCCUCCUCUGCUGCUCCUCCUCCUGCUCCUGCUCCUGCUGCCUCUGCCGCUUCUGCUGCGGCUGCUGAUCCGUUUGCUGCCUUCUCAUCCAACUUUGGGAAUUCGCAGCCCCCCAGCAGCACCCACCCAUCUGCUGCUGCGUCAGGGUCAUUCGACCCGCUUGUAGACAUGCUUUUCAAUCCCAAGCCCACUGCUGCUGGUUCCGCUGCUGGUGCUGGUGCUGGUGCUGGUUCUGCUGCUGGUGGUUUCGCAGCGGCCAGCAGUGACAGCAGCAGCAGUUUCUUUGGAGCGAGCGCGGCAGGUACUGAUUUCGCGAAUCAAGACGCGGGCGACUGGGGAAGUUUCGGGGAUGCUUCUGCUUCCGCCUCGACAGAAACAACCGUAGAGCUAGAAGGCCUCGGGCCCCCGCCAGCGGGAGUGACUUAUAACGCAGCGCUCAAUAAGGGGACGGAGUUCUACAAAGGGGGGCAAUUCGCGGAUGCAAUCAAGUGGCUGGUGUGGGCGGAACAACUGGCGGAGAGAGGGGGGCAGGCGGACGGGGGGGGACUGGUGGCGGUGCUGAGUGCGCGGGCGUCGUGCUACAAGGAGGCUGGCGAGAUGAAGAAGGCAGUUGCUGACUGUACCAAGGUCUUGGAGCUCGAGCCAGAGAACACGGCCGUGUUGAUGCAGCGAGCAUGUCUGUACGAGGCGAUGGAGAAGUACAAGCUGGGCGUGGCUGACCUGCGCCUGCUCUCCCGCCUCGACCCCUCCAACCGCGCUGUCGCCACGAGCCUUAACCGCCUCAAUAAGGCGCUUGCUGCUCUAGGUUGA